AUGUUGGUGACCCAGCCAGAGAUGCCAUCUGGUCCAGCAGCUCUCCUGCUUUUUGCCCCCACAGAAUUCAAAGUCGAGACACUACAUUUGAGUGUUAACUUCAAACAAGGCCCUCAGACCCUGACCAUGAGUCUCAGUCUCCUGCUGUGGCUGCUUGGCCUCUGCCACACCUGUCUGCUCAUCGAUGGUGGAAAUCAAACAGAACCUGAGUAUUAUGACAAUGAGUUGGACAGUAUUGGUGCCAGGAUUUUGACUGCCAACAGCAUGGCCAGUGAGAUCCUGAUCGAAGGUGACAUACUGCAGACCAGAACUAGAAUCCCACGGAAUGCCAAAUGUCGGGACAACUGCUUAUGGAGAAAAGCUUCCAGUGGCUUGGUGCUCAUCCCGUACACCAUGAGCAACAAAUUCUCAAGGUCAGACCAAGACGAGAUUUCCAGAGCCAUGAAGUCUUUCCACAACAGAACCUGCAUCCGCUUCAUUCACCAAAACACAAGGGAACACAAAGACUACAUCAGCAUCAAGAACAGAGAUGGAUGCUACUCAUCAGUGGGCAGAAGCGGUGGCCGUCAGAUCCUCUCCCUCAAUCGAACCGGCUGCAUCUCAUAUGGCAUCAUCCAGCACGAACUCAUUCACGCCCUGGGCUUCCAUCAUGAGCAGAGCAGGAGCGACCGCGACCAGUAUGUCAUAAUCAACGUGGACAACAUCAAACCAGGAAAGACCAACAACUUCCAGAAGCGUGACACUCACAACCUGAACACUCCAUACGACUACUCCUCAAUCAUGCACUAUGGAAAACAUUAUUUCUCCCAAAAUGGCAAAAACACAAUUACCCCGAUCCCAGACGCUUCAGUCCAAAUUGGCCAGAGGAAGGACAUGUCAGAACUUGACAUCCACAGAAUCAACCUUCUGUACCACUGCCAUAGGCCCUGA